GCACGAAAACCAUCCAUGCAUCCAACAAAUACCUGCAGAUACCCGUCCAGAAAAUCACAUGACACAGUAUCGGGUGGAACUGGUAUAUUUCCAUCCCUUGGCCUGUCCUUUGCUAUCUCAAAAACACGAAAACUAAGUCAAUGGCCUCAUCAUUGACUCUUUUCGCAACCUAUCCCCUGGCACAGGGGAUAUCACUCAACCUCUUGAAAGGACCUGCCGCGAUUGUAAAUUCCGCAAAUUGUGGCUGUCUCGGAGGAGGUGGGGUCGACGGUGCAAUUUCGGCUAACGGAGGACCAACUUUGUUACAAGAUCGUCGCAAUCUACCAAUUCUCGAAAAUUCUGACCACGAGAAUCCCGUACGCUGCACGGUGGGAUCCGCAGUUAUGACAGGUCCUGGGAACUAUGGAGAUCUACUUGUACCAUAUGUCAUUCAUGCGGUUGGCCCCAAUUUUUGGGAGUAUUGUGAUGCGGAUCAGGUGAAAGCAAACGUCCUGCUGGGGCUAGCGUACAAAACAUCACUGGAUGUUGCAGCUAAAUACCGAGUUGAGCACGUUGCAUUUUCCCUGCUUUCUGCAGGAGUAUACCGGGGAUAUUGUCCGCUAAAGACCGUGCUUCGAAUCGGGGUUGUGGCAUUGGAUGAAUGGUCUAAGGAUAUAAAAGCCGUGGACGACAGUAGCGUCUCUAGG